AUGUCAUCACUCUACAUUGUUUACAACUCCAAAGCGACAAACACGGAAUUUAUUCGCGAUAUUCUAGAAGAUUUACAUCAAAAUGGCAGUUACUUUCAAGAACUACCUCAGCUUAUUGUGGAUGAUGGUCAUAUUGUGCAGCGUUUCUCUGAAGAUAAAUAUUUCAACAGCAAUUCAUUGGUGUUGACACUCAUGCACCAUAUUAACGAUGAUGUUUUGGAGGCCACUGUCAAUGCCACCCGAAGACGCAGAAUGUGCUUUAGCAUAUUCCUUGUUAGACUCUUCACGCACGAAGUAGAGUAUCAACGAUUUUUUGAAACCUUAUGGAAAUAUCAAAUGCGCAGACCUUUGCUAAUAGUAAAUGGAGGACAACUGCUGACCAUGGACCCCUAUCCCAAUUUGCAAGUUGUCAAUGUCAGUGGAGAGCAUGUCUCACAAAUGUAUCCCCAAGCGCAAGGCAUAAGAAAUUUCAAAGGUUACACCAUUGAUAUUCCAGUUCAAACCAAUUUGCCCUAUACAUUUUGGUAUUGGUUUGAAAAAUCCCAUGAAUAUCGAGUGGAUGGCUUAAGUGGCUAUUCAAUCCACCUACUCUUGAAACGAUUGAAUAUAACAAUGAAUGUGUUUCCCUACUAUGCAGAAGAAUCCAAUUUUUUGAAUUUGGAAAAGAUAAAUGAACUCUUGCUGAGUGGCCAGAUAGAAUUAAGUCCACACCUCGUAUCGAUAUUCAAACAAAAAGAUUUGGAUUAUAGUUAUCCCUAUAUAAUGACUUCGCGCUGUGUCAUGAUGCCCAUGCCGCAAAAGCACUCCGACAAAUUUGUCGUUAUCCAUUGGUCCUUUUGGAUUCUCCUGGCCAUUGUUGUUGUACUGCAGGAAAUCAUUGUGUUAAUGUUAGUACGCUUGUCUCGCCAGCAAAAGAAGGAGAACUCUAUUGUUUUACUGAAUCAUCAACAACGUUUACUCAUGCUGCUAUCCACUAUCUUGGCUAUUCCCAUGCCUCCCUUGCGUUUGCCCUCAUGGAGGCAGGUAUCACUUUACGUUUUUGUGCGUCUAAUUUGUAUCUUUUUUCUCAUCAAUAUGGGUGGCCUAUACAUUUCCAAUAUAUUCUCCACUGAAUUGACUUCACGAGUAACCAGUGCGUAUUUCAAAACGUCAUCGCCCCAACUGGAGGACAUGUUAGCAAGCAAUGUUCCGCUCAUGCUGCAUAAUUCCGAAUCGCAAGCUGUAUUGGAACUGUUUCAUAAGCUACAUCCCCAAUAG